AUGGAAGCAGCAGCACAGAACAUCCGCGAACUGUACGCAAAGAGCAAUGCUCGUGAACGACAACAAAUCCAAGAACAGGUUCGAGACCUGCAAAAGGAUCUUUAUAGCGACUGGGAGAUGAUGUUCAGCCUAGCGAUGGCACCUCUUCAAUGGGCUCUUGUUGAUGUUGGAAUCGAUCUCAACAUCUUUACCACGCUCUCCUCAUCCGCGACGCCGAUGACGCACGGGGACUUCCAGGAAAAGACAGGCGCAGCACCGAACCUACUUGCCCACUUGCUCCGCUCUAUGGCAUCAUUUGGACUUAUCAAAGAAGUUGAGAAAGACGUUUUCGCAGCAAGCCGAACGACACGCGUCUUCGCAGAUCCGCAUGUCAACGGCGCCGCACCACAUCUAUCGAAGCUCCACCUGCCGGUUGUAAACGCGCUUCCUGGCUACCUAAAAGGGCACGACUACCAAGACAUCACCAACCCCAAGGAUCUGCCAUUUCAUAUGGCAAUGAAUACGGAACUGACGCCAUUCGAGUGGAUGAAGCAGGAUGGUGAGCAGAUGAAAGCACUCGGCCACAUCAUGGUGCUCGACUCUGUCGAUAGUUGGGUCUCUUCAUACCCUGCUCAGCAAGUUGUUGGCGACUUUGAGCCUGCAGACGAAUCUGCGCUUCUGGUUGACGUUGGCGGCGGUUUCGGUCAACAUUCUGUGGCAUUCAAAAAGAAGUUUCCUGAGCUCCCCGGUCGUAUCGUCGUACAAGAUGUCCCUUCGACUCUUGCACAUGCGCCCAAAGUGGAUGGUAUCGAGUUCCAAACCCAUGACUUCUUCACGCAGCAACCGAUUCGUGGUGCUAAGUUCUACUACUUGCGCCAUAUCAUGCAUGAUUGGGCGGAUGAAGACUGUGUGCGCAUCCUCUCAAGCAUCAUCCCGGCAAUGGGCCCAGAAUCGCGCAUCCUGAUCGAUGAGGUGGUGUUACCAGAAACAAAGGUACCUUGGCAGGUUGCUAUGAUGGAUCUUGCGAUGAUGGCAGCGCUCGGCGGCAUUGAAAGGAGUAGGAAGGAUUGGGCGAAGUUGUUUGAAAGCGCAGGACUGAAGAUGGUGGACGUGCAUUGCUAUGACGAUGUGAGGUUCCAUUCCGUCAUUGCGGCUGUACCGAAGUGA